UUCUCAUCGUUCGCUGCAGCAAAUCUUCAGCGUGAGGUGCCACAACAUUUGCCCUUUUUCUCGGGUGCCCAGACCUGUCUUCAAUUCCCUUACUGGCGACUCCGCCAUUACUUAUCACUUACCGUAUUCAGCACCUGCCGACCCGCCGGUAAGCUUUCCACAAGCCGUACCUUUCCACACGAUGCAGGACACAGCCGCCACACCUCCUUCUUAACCCCGACGACAACGUCAGACUAUGGGUGCCCCCAAACCCAAGAUCAGGCUCCCGCGAGGGAGCAACAUCAGCUUGCGGCCCUUCUACACCACCGUUCUCUUCCUCAGCUGCUUCGCGGCCUACUCACUUGUCGCGACUCGGUACAAUCGGCGCAUUGGCCUGCGCGACUCGCUCACCGAAGACCAAGACCCCUCGCUACUGUUCGCCAGGAGCUCCAGCGCCACUCCAGAAUGCCGAGAGGUUCGCAAUGCCGUCAAUCAAUGCGCCUUCGUCAAGGCCAAUUGCCAAGAUGACGAGGCUGGUCUCCUUUCCUACCUGACGCUGUACUAUUGCGACCUUCACCACAAUCACGGCAUUGCAUUCAUGAUACUUGUGGCCUGGCUCGGCAUGCUCUUCACCACCAUUGGCAUUGCCGCCAGCGACUUCUUCAGUGUCAACCUCAGCACCAUUUCAAACAUCCUUGGCCUGAGCCAGAGCUUGGCUGGCGUGACCUUUCUCGCGCUUGGCAAUGGCUCCCCCGAUGUCUUUAGCACCUUUGCUGCCAUGGGCUCUAACAGUGCUAGCAUGGCCGUCGGAGAGCUCAUUGGCGCCGCCAGCUUCAUCACGGCGGUCGUCGCGGGCUCCAUGGCACUUGUCAGAGAGUUCAAGGUUGGUAGGAGGACCUACGUUCGAGACAUUUGUUUCUUCAUCGUGGCCGUCAUCUUCACCAUGUGCUUUCUUGCUGACGGCCAUUUGCACCUUUGGGAGUGCAUCGUCAUGAUUGUCUACUACAUCUUCUAUGUCUUCACCGUGGUCACCUGGCAUUGGUACUCCAACAGGCGCAAGCGGAGACUAGCAAGGGAUUAUGCAGCACGGACCCAUGUCUAUGGCAGCGUCGGUCACGCCAACGAUGAGCUGGCCGAUGAACCUUACCGCGACGACCCGGAUGAUCAUGAUGCCGGCGGCGGCGGACCUGGCAGGGCCAGUCAUGCCGAUAUCAGUGCUCUCGAAGCCGGCCCGCGCAUUCAAGUCGAGGGCGAGGAGGCCGACGUGGAUCAAGUAUCCAAUGAAGAGGAUGACGAUGGUGCUAGAGGCCGGCAGGUUGCUGCUGAAAUGGCGAGCAGUAUGCGGGUCCUUCGACCGCGAGGCAGACGGAGCACGACCAUUACACCCAUUCGACCCAGUCUGGUCGGCGCCCUAGAGUUCAGGUCGGCUCUCGCUCAAUUGCAAAAGGAGAGCAAUCUUAGAAUGGGACCCAUCCGCGGCCACGGCCACACGCGAGCGUACUCAGACUCCGAGCACCGCAUUGAUGGAGUUCAGAGUGACAACGUAUCUGCUGCCGGCUUGCAACUGGAUUCUUCACGACAUACCGUUGCGCUUGGCCAAGGUGAAGCCGUCAACAGGAAUCGUGCCUUGUCGACUGGCGCUGUGCCACCUUCAUUCAACCUUCCACCACCUUUACAGGAGUUACCGCAAAGUACCAGCGGCGCAUCCACGCCCGCUGGGCAGGGAAGGAAUAGAAGCCCUUCGCCGGCUUACCAGAUCGGGGGCAAUCUCGCACCACCUCCUAUCGAUCCCGGCGCCCCACGAACUGAUGUCACUGGCGAACCAAGCGGCUCCAGUCUCACGCCGCGAUUGCCCCAGCUGGUCAUUCCUAGCCCUGGUCCUAGUCUCAGCGAGCGAUCUUCUCCGACUUCGCCCUUCCCUGCCUUCUUCACGGAUUCUCCCAUGGUUUUAACACCCAACCCACAGAACGACAGGUCAGAAUUUUUUCUCCCGCCGCCCGGCAUCGCCCGCUUGGAAGCACCAAUUCCACCGUUGCCUGUGAUCCCUAAUACGAGGCCGGUGAAAUGGUGGCCUUAUGCAGUUCUGCCGCCGCCCGAAGUGGUGCAUGCAACUCUCUUCCCCACGCUCCAGGGAUGGAGCGAGAAGUCGCAUUGGGACAAACUGGUCAGCAUGAUAUCUGUGCCCAGUAUCCUACUCUUAGUCAUUACCCUACCAGUCUCGGAAACAGAUGGACCAGUUGAUCUGGACGAUGAGCCGAUUGGUGGCCCGUCCCGAGGCGCUUCGGGACACCAAACACCGCCCAUAAUUGCCGAAAAUAGCAUUCCGAUCGAGCAGGAGACUGAGUGGCAACGUUACCGGAGGAAUUCGCGGUCCAGGUCUCGAUCUAAUACUGCAAGGUCCUCUCCGAUGAUGUCGCCGGCACUCAUCGCCGUUCACUCACCUGGGGCUACGCGGUCUAUGGUGGAUGGACAUCGCCCUAGCGAAGGGCUCUCGUUUCCGCCGGUUGUCAAGCACGCCCCGGCCGAUCCGUCACCAGAAAGCGACCUGGGCACCACCGUGGACGAAGAGCUCAACGGCGGUUGGAAUCGAUGGCUCGUUGCUCUUCAGCUGUUCACCGGGCCUCUAUUCUCUGUUGCGAUCCUGUGGGCAAACAUGUAUGAGGACCUAGAGCAGCCUGGCAAGGUUCUUGUCAGGAUGUCCCUUAUCUCAUUGCUUGGGUCGACGAUCUUGCUCGGCAUCUUGCUCCUCACAACGAGUCCUGACCGGAAGCCGAAAUACCACUUCCUGCUUUGCUUCCUUGGUUUCAUCAUCAGUAUUGCGUGGAUAUCCACAAUUGCUGGAGAAGUCGUCGGCGUACUCAAGGCGGUUGGUGUUAUUCUGGGCAUCUCCGAGGCACUUCUCGGCCUCACCGUCUUUGCGGCUGGUAACAGCGUCGGCGACCUUAUCGCGGACAUCACCGUCGCCCGUCUCGGGUACCCGGUCAUGGCACUGUAA